UUUUCUUUUUAAUAGCGACGGACCAUCUCUCUUCUUCAAGCCGGGUGGAUCUAAGCGCACCUGGCUGGAUUUUAUUAUCGCAGAUUUGUUUGUCAAAAUAUGUCGCAACUCUGUGCUCUAGCUCCCGGUGAGAGCGGCAGGGUUUCCCUGCGGAGCGACGCGUCACAUGUGACUCAGGCACGGAGAGCCAAAAGCAGCGAUGACGUAGAGGAAGAGAAAGUGAUCAUAACACACCUGCCGCUCAGGUGUGUUAUGAUCCAUCAGAUCUGGACUAUAAAACCUGCUGUCUUCGCUCCGAAGCUCUCUUGUCCCAUCAAGCUUUUUGGAUACUCCGAUCCGACCAGAGGAUUUACAGUUUGUUCUUCCGAGACCUCAGACAUGUCCUCUCAGCUUUUCCUGCUAACAGUCGUCUCUGCGAUGGUUUCCAGUCAGAUCGCUGCUGACAAGCUGCAGGACAGAGUGAGUAGAAACCAGCCCAACCUGACCUGCCUCAGCUCCUCUGAUCCAGCUGCUGUCAACGCCACGCUGCUCCAUGGUAACCACAAUGAUGAAGGAGCUCUGUGGAGCAGAACCUCUGCUCCUCUUCCUCGGUGCUCCUCCUCCUCCUUCUCCCCACCUCCCUCCCACUGUGAGGUCUGUCUCCUCCAGGAGGAGGUCUACAUCAUCUGUGAUAACCUGCCAGCUGGAGCGGUUCUGCAUCUGGAGCGUCCUGGAUCAGCCAUCAGCACCAAGGAGAGCGAUUGUCCCAUCCUGCCCCCUGCUGGCGACUCUCAUCCAGGCAAAAUCAUCGUGGCAGAUGAGAACAGAGGUCAUUAUGGUGCUGUGGCCUCUCCGAUCCUCUGUGUCCUCAUCCUCAUCCUCACUGGGUUGGUCCUGCGGAAACUUCAUUAGAGCUGCACCCGAAGAACCCAAAGAUGCACAUGGAGGAAUGACGUGACGGUGUAGAGAGUUUUUCCUUGUUCUUAAUUUGGAUUUGAACCCCAAGAGAAGAGCCAAACAUCCCUGAGAAACUUCCCUGGGCGGACAGCAGGGGUGUCCUUUCUGGCCCAGAAUCCAACAAGCUGGUUCCUAGAAAGUAAUCUGUGUCUGACAGGAAGCGGAGCUCCAGGCCUUCCUCUGCUGGGACACAUAUAUGGAGAAGCCCUAUGUCAAACUUGAUUUAUGACCCUAUGAUUUAUGUAUGAGCUGUAUAACCUGUCACACUCCAAAUGCGUAAAGGUUGCAGGAUAGGAAACUUUACUGUCUAGAAUCAAAACUUGUCUUGGUGAAGGGAAGGAGCUGGUGAAGGGAAAUCUGCAAAUAAAAACAAAUACAAUUUCCAUGCAAGCUCCACAAUGUGAUUUUGUUUGACAACCUUUGUUUUAACUCAGGGGUCAGCAACCCAAAAUGUUUAAAGAGCCAU